AUGACUGACUAUUUGCAAAACCUCAAGGUACUUGGUGACAAGCUAGCCGCAAUUGGAGAGCCUCUGACAAAUUCGCAGCUAAUUCAUCAUGCUUUCAAUGGCCUCGGUCCAGACUAUGAUGCUUUCUCUAUAGCUAUCAUUACCCGAACAGAUGGACUAUCAUUUGCUAGCUUACAAGGCAUGCUUAUCACUCAUGAAAAUUGUUUGCUUCAUUCAGUAAUUGCACAAGCUACCUCUCCUUUUGCGAAUCUUGCCUCUAAAGGGAAAGAUUCCAAGAAAUAUAAUAAAGUUGAUAUACCUCAAAUUGGUAAUGGAUCCACCAAGCCCUCAAAAUACAGUAAUAAUCCCUGCCAGAUUUGUAGAGGACGAAAUCAUUUUGCUAGGUAUUGUCAGAAACUCCUUGCACAUAUUGACAGUUUGAAGAGCCCUAAACGACCACAAUCCCUGGCAUUUACGACUGCUUCCGGCAGCAACAAGCAGAAUACAAAUAUCUGGUUUCCUGAUUCUGGAGCAACACAUCACCUCACUUCAGAUCUCAAUAAACUGCAAAUCCAUUCUGACUAUGAUGGAUAUGAUUAA